AUGAAUCUUAUCCAAGAGAUCCGACAUAACAUCACUUUACAUGAACAGCCAGCGACCAGCGAUGACAGCGCCGAAGACAUUAUAAUCAACGGUAUAGUUUCUGAGGAACUCGCGGUCAUGCUGCUUAGAGGAUUCUCGAAAUUAUCAAACCGUUGGUUAUUCAUGACUACAGACCCCAUCCAGCUACGCACCAAAUCGCCGCUCCUAUUUGGUACUUGUAUCUUGGCAGGCCUCCAUAUUACCCCCUCCCUUUAUGGGUCGCCAACACAUCAAGCUUUGUAUCGCCAUAUUCACGGACUACUGGGUCAGGCACAUCUUUCUCCCGCUACCUCGCUCGACACAAUACAGUCUAUGUUGAUUUUCUCUAUGUGGGACCUACGACCAACGCUGGGCCCUGACCAUAGUACCUCGUGGCUUCUUAGUGGCACAGCGGCUAUGCGGGUGAUUAUGACUACUCCCUUUGGACAGCUUCCAAAAACAAGCGACGCCGAUGGACGCGAACGAACCCAAGCACAAGAGAUAAUGCGCACAUGGAACUUGAUUUGCCUCUGUCAAUUACAGUUUUCUGUGGGCUCUGGUCGUCCACCGAUUAUAUCCAGUCAGUACUUUGACGAAUGUAUCAAAGUCCUCGAUUUUCCAUCAUACAAUGCACGCGACGAACUUGUUCUGGCUGGAGUCAGGUUAUACCGGCUCCUUUGGGAAAUUAUAAACUCAAAUGUGAUACAAAAGGGGAGUGUUGUUUGGCCCGAAAUCGACGAUUUGCAAAAGUCCCAGGAGAACAUUUAUAAGCUAGAUUCCUCUGAGCCACUACGGUUCGCAUACUCUUGCGCCUAUCUGAUUCUAGCACGUCGCACGCUGCAACAUAUGAGCGAAACCCAACCUGAGGAGAUGAGCAACCCUAAAAUUACACCAGAGGAACCAAAACUCCCAUUGAUUCAGUUUGCGAUUAGCCAGUCGCAUCGGCUCUUAAAUCUAUUCGUUUCCAUGUCAGAUUUGACCACUUACAGACAUCCUACUUACGAAAACGUGCUUUGUUCCUUUGCGAUGGUGACACUGGCCGAGUUUGUAACCCAUUUAGAUGAUGUGGGGAGUAUAAUUAUUCUCAUGGAACAAGCUGUCUCACAUAUUCAAUGUGGAGGCAAGGCCGAGCCUGUGGGUCGGUGGUCUCUGAACAUCAUGAAGCAACAUGUUGCAGAUAGGAUUGAGCAAGAAGAUUGUGUGACUUCGAUGGGGGAGAAUAGCACAGGGAUUUAUAUGCCGCAGUCAAUUGAAACUGCUACUGAGCCCUGGGUGUGUAACGAAUGGAGUGUCGAACAGGAGUUUCCAUCGCUUGAAGAUAUGUUCUUUGGCAAUGUGAUUUGA